AUGGCCGCCCACACUCUGUAUAAUGCUUUUACGAUACAAGCGACAAUUCCAUUCGACUUUUCCAAGACUAAUGCGGCGGUCCCAUUCACAAACGACGUCAGCACUGCUGUCAAGAUCAAGAGUGACAGCGGUGUGAUGUCCAGGACAUACCAUCCCAUUAUUGAUACAGGAAGCUGCGGAUUUGUGAUCUCGGCGGCUGAUCUUCCCGAUUGGACAAAAGCGGAAGCAUCUAAACAUCCAAAGGGAUGGGAAUUCCUUUCCAGCAGCAAGAUUCUCUACACGGGGCACUGGAUUCCUAAGGAUGUGUACUUCACGAAUGCCAAUGUCGAAAUUAAGGCGCGGAUUCCAAUUCUUGCAGUAGAAACGAGAACCCAUUGCCCGGAUUACAACAGGACCGCCGACAAUGGCGUGUGUCCGACACCAGAUGGUGGAACGAAAAUGCCUACUGGUAUUAGAGUCAUGGGCGUUGGUUUUGGCAGAGAACACGAUGGCAUGCCCCAAGGCACACCCGAUAAGAAUGCGUUCAUCAACAUCCAAACCAUCAAUGGCGUCAAAGUGUCUGGCAACCCCAAGUUCCGGAGCGGUUUCGUCCUCACCAAGGACGGCGUGACUAUUGGACUCACGGCCGCGAAUACAGCCGGCAUGGAUCUCACCAAGCUUUCUCUGCAAGCGAAGCAUGCUGAUGCGAGAGACUGGUCACAAGUGGAAGGGUGCAUGGCUAUCGAUGGAUCUAAAUGUAUUCCGGGACCGGCACUCAUUGACACAGGCGUAUCUCAGAUGUACAUGACGCUUCCGUUGGGCACCAAAGUGAGACGCACGAAUCCACCGGUGGUAGAUGAUGGAGCAGCGGUUAGUGUACAAGUUGGACCAGCAGGAAACGGCCGAUAUAUAGCAAGUGAGAAGUUCACAGUCGGAGAUACAAAGCGAAUUGAGGAGGAUAUUGCUCCGUCAAGCGUGAGGUUGACAUUGGCUGACCCGGCGAAGAAUCCGCCGCAUGUCAAUACGGGGAGACACUUUCUGAGGAAAUGGGAGGUUGGGUUUGAUAGCGAUGGAGGUUAUUUUGGGUUGAGGAGGGUGAAAUGA